UCCCUUCAUCACGCGCGCGUCAACCUCCGCUUGCCCGAAUUUCCCCAUUCCGCUCGCCUCGCGGUCACCCCUCGCCGAUCCACCACCGCAACAACACUGCCAUGCCGGCCGACGCCGCGCCCGUGCCGCCCCUGUCGCCGCCGGAAAGCCUGGACGCGCGCACGGGCGGCAGCGUCCUUCGCCGCGCGGCAGGGCACCUCCUCCACCCGGCCUCGCUCCCGCCGCUGCUCCUCGCGGCGCUCCUCAUCCUCCUCUUCCGCUCCGCGCUCCUCGCCGGCACGCUCCGCCUCGCCUCCUUCGCUGACCGCGACCCCACCCUCAGCUCUCUCCUCGCCCGCCUCACCCCUCCCGCCCCGCCAUCGCCGCCGCCUCCACCGCACCACCUCCCUCGCCGCCGCUCCCCGUUCACCUCCCCGUCGUCCUCCCUCUCCGACGACGAUGUCCUGGUCGGGCCCCUCGAUCCCGCCUCCUCCGCACUCUCCCGCCGCCGCAACGCCUCCUAUCACCACGUUCUCUUAACCUCCUACUCCUCCUCGCCCAAACCCUACCCAGUGCCGCUCCCGCAUCCGCUCCCCGCUUCCACCUCCCCUUUCUUCCUCGCAGUCCACAACGAGACGGCUCCGUCGAAGCCCGCCUCGCCGCGGGGCGGCGAGCUCCGGCUGCUCGACCUGACCAAGCACGAUGCGGCGGCCAUCGUCAACCUCCUCGCUCUGCUCUCCUCCGCGCACGUGCUCGCGAUCCUCGGGUACAUCGCCGUGCACUCCGCCGCGCUUGGCGCGGUGUUCGCGUCCGUCGCAGGGCGGCACGUGCAGGGGCGGCGACGAGGGUUCCUGCUUGCUGGUGCGGCCAUGGGCGCGAGGCGGCUCACGGGGUUCGCGUUCCUCAGGUGGGCGACGCGGGAUGCAGUCGUGCAGAUGCUCUGCCUCUGGUUCUUCGCUGACGUGCACGACCAGGCGCAGCUCUUCAGGCUCUUUGUGGUCGCCAAGCUCAUGCCAUUCUCGGCAUUAGUCAACCCGUGGCUCGCUGCGGCCGUUGCAGGCCCAGAGCUUGAUGGUUUCUUCGUUGGCUGGGCUGUUCUUGAUGCAGUUGUCUCGGUGUUGUUCACUGUGGUGCCGUGGGUGGUUGUCAUGGAGCGUGAUCCACGCCCACCUGGGCGCAAUGCUGUGAAGGAAGGGUGCUAUCUUGUGUCCUUGAUGGCAACCGAUGCCACAUUGCUCAAGUGUGUGGAGACAGUUGUGUGUGGCAGCAUGGGGCGGCUCAUCAUGGUGACAUUUGGUGGAAAGGUUCUUGGCGGAUUUCUCCAUUCGAUUGCGGAGGUCUACUUCAUGGUGGUGUGGUUAAUGUUCUACUUUGCGGCAAGGUGUAAGGAGGUGCGGCUGGGGGGGCGUCAGUUUGGACUGGAGGAUGUGGCAGCUGCUCUUGAGGGAUUUAGGUAGUGGCCAGUUGAUGGUGGUCGCUCGAUUCAUCAAUGCAUGAAGAGAGCUGGUUAUCACUGAAGACCAACUCAAGGGAGAGUUGCUGGUUCGUUGCCUGUACAUACUUAAGCUCUAAGCAAUCCUGUCACAGAUUUCCAUUUCAAAGGCAAGACAGCUGUACAUUGCUGCUAAUUAGACUCCAGCAGUAUUCAGAAGUCAUCUGUGUCUCUUUGCAAUGUCCAUUCCCCUUUUAUUGUUCUGUUAGAUUGAGUGAUCAGCUGCUGCUAGGCUUUACUAAUGCAUGAAAAGAGUCCACUUUACAAGAUGAGUUUUAAGUUGUCAGAAAUACAAAUAAGAUAAUCAUUUGUCAAUUUUUUUUAAAUUUGUCAAGUGCACAGUUGACACGUGGUUUCAAGCUUCCAGCUUCAUACGUAUACUAUAUGGAGAAUUAUAUAUACU